UAUCAGAACAUACAGUUAUUAUAGGAAAACCAAAUAGGCAAAUACCAAUCCAGUUCAACAAUCGUACACUUAGCCGACUAUUUUCCGCCGAUCUUGAUGCAGUAUCCGCGCUGACGACGACUGCGGACUUGUUUGUAUGGUUUGUCAAGUAUUUUACACGCUCCCGUAUAAGAUCAAUCGACGAUUGAGUUGGUGUUUUUGAGUUAACGACGUGCAGCGUUGGAAAAUGUCACACCGUCUAAAGUUACCUUGAAAUAUUGUUUAGACCGUAGACGACGCAACCCUUCACGUUCGCGAAGGAUAAUUUGAUCGAGUACCCUUGGGAAAACAUUCCAACGCCGAGAGGCCAAAAAAUUGCGUGUAUAUAUAUUAGGGAAUAUCGCACGUCCACAAUGUCGGCGAGAAAGGCAGUGUUGCGGACCGUUUCCGCUGGUCCAGAUAAAGAGGAUAGCGCAGUGGAUCUUACGUUUCCGGUUCAGAGCGUGGAAACUAAAAUGCACGGACCGUACAAACGCGGAGACCGACUUUUGUACGAAAAGCCAUGGAUCUUCGUGGUGUCGGAAAAGUGCAGGGAACGGAUCUGCAACCAUUGUUUCGAAAGUCUGCACUCAUCAACCGGAGCGUCUCUUCCCUGCCAACCGGAAAUCCUCGUCCGCGUUUCCCGCACCAUGAAACCAGGACUGCGCCGCUGUACAGGGUGUGCAUUUAGCUGGUACUGCGGAAAAGAUUGUCAAAAAACCAGCUGGAAGUUCGUGCAUAAGCAUGAAUGCCAAUUUUUCAAAAAGGCUCUGGAAACCGAAGAAACCGCGAUUCCGCUGACCGUGGAAACGGUUCGUUUAUGUUUGCAGGCGAUGAUUCGGAUGAAGAACGAUCCCGACUGGGACAGACCGGCGGAUGGAUUUCCAGAGCUGUCUCAUCGGACAUUUCCGAAUAUAAUGUCCCAUUGGAAGGAAAUACGGGAAGAUCAGAAAGAACUGGAUUUCAUCGAUCUCAUGUCCUCCUAUUUCCAGAAAAUAUGGAAAGGUCAGGAUCUUUAUAGCGAUCUCAUUGAGCCAAGUGUCCUGGGAGUAAUCUACGGCAAAGUGCGAAUCAACAAUAUGACUAUUUUUGGGACGUACGGAGAUAAACUCGGUGUUGGAUUGUACUUGUCGGCAUCCGCAAUUGACCAUGCCUGCCUUCCAAAUGCUUGCCCCAGUUUUUCGGGAAUUCGUAUAAACAUUCAUGCAACGGAAGAUGUGGACUGUUUUGAUAAUGUUCGUUUGAGCUAUUUGGACCAGACCUACUUUUCUCGUCCACGGCGAGAAAUGUUGCGACAACGGUAUUAUUUUGAUUGUUUUUGUCGAGGUUGUGCAGACGAUAGAUUGGAUAGAAAAAUGAAUGCAGUUCGCUGCACCAAGCCAAGUUGUAAAGGUCAUGUUUUGAUGGAUCCUUACACCUUCGAUUCUGAUCCCUGCUCCGUGUGUCAGGAAAUGCCCGAUGAUAUAUCCAAAGAAAGCAUAAAAAGAGCAUUGCAGAACGGGAUCGAAGCCCAAGCUCUUGUGGCGGAAGCAAAAAAAUCCGAUGAGCAUCGAAAAGUACUGCACGAAUCGGAAGAACUGUAUUUAAUUUUGCGCAAAGUGAUGCAUCCAACCAACACGCUGCUGAUUUCCACAUCCCUUCAAGUCGCCACCUCCGCCGACAUUCUCGGACAAUACGACAAGGCCUUUUUCCAUUUUAUGCAGCUGGCCAUUGUGUAUCCCCAAGUGUUUUCCCGGUGGUGCUUUCAAUAUUCAGAGAUUCUGAUGAAGUGUACAACACGCGGACUGCUCGUGCAGCAGUCACCAUUGCAGCAUCGCAAUCUGCUUGUCCAUUUUAUUGAAGCUAUGAAAAUUGUUUCCACAUGCGCCGGACGUGAUAGCCCCACAUUUGCCUAUUAUAAGAAAUUCUACGAUGACUGCCGUCAAGUAUGCAGCAUUGAUGAGCGCUAGUUGUGAUAUGACAAUCUUACAUAAUUUAGCUUGUAGUUUGUACAUGCUUCUUAUUUUUGUUUUGCAGACCUGAUCUUUCCCAUUUUGUUCACCCAGUUGAUUGCCAUAACCCUUGGUUUUUUGCUUUCCCCUACCAAAGAUAUGCGUACGGCAGCACACACCUUAAUAUCCCGGUGACGUUGUCACUUUUAGCAAACGGGAGAAGCACGUCAAGGGCAUUUAAUUUUUUAAUUACUACCUGUAUUCCAAAGGUUUUGUCGCCAGUUUUCUUUGUUUUGUUUUCCCACGUGUUAUAUUUCUAACAAACAACUAAUUAUAACUCAACGAUCAAUCUUCUUGCGUUAAUAUUUUUCCUUGUUUUUAAUUUAAUGUUGGUACGAUUCUACUAAAUGAUCAUCGAUCCCACACUGGACAAUGGACAAUUGAUGUUUCAUCUGCAAAUCUCAACAAACCGAAUGCGGUACAAUAAAUUUUAUGAA